CAAAAGUAGACGGAAGAGGAAGGAGGAUAAGGAUGCCGGCGUUAUGUGCAGCUAGGGUUUUUCAGCUAACGAGAGAGCUCGGUCAUAAAUCCGACGGUGAGACAAUAGAGUGGCUUCUUCAACAAGCUGAACCAUCAGUAAUCGCCGCCACCGGAACCGGAACAAUCCCGGCGAAUUUCACUUCUUUAAACAUUUCUCUCCGUUCUUCAGGCUCUUCCAUGUCUCUUCCUUCUCAUUUCCGCUCCGCCGCUUCAACUUUUAGCCCUAAUAACAUGUUUUCUCCGGCGAUGCUUCAACAACAACAACAACGAGGUGGUGGUGGUGGGUUUCAUCAUCCUCAUCUACAAGGACGUGCAACGACGUCGUCUUUGUUUCCUGGUAUUGAUAACUUCACACCAACGACGUCGUUUUUGAACUUCCAUAAUCCGACAAAACAAGAAGGAGAUCAAGAUUCAGAAGAGUUAAACUCAGAGAAGAAAAGAAGACUCCAAACGACGUCGGAUUUGCAUCAACAACAACAACAACACCAACACGAUCAAAUUGGAGGAUAUACUCUUCAAUCUAGCAACAGUGGAUCUACCGCCACCGCCACUCAGCAAAUACCGGGAAAUUUCUGGAUGGUUGCGGCGGCUGCGGCAGGGGCGGGUGGUGGUGGUAAUAACAACCAAACAGGUGGUCUAAUGACAGCUUCUAUUGGUACCGGUGGAGGUGGUAACGGCGGUGGAGAGCCUGUUUGGACGUUUCCUUCCAUCAACACCGCGGCGGCAGCGUUAUAUAGAAGUGGCGUUUCGGGCGUUUCAGGCGGCGCAGUUUCGAGCGGUUUACAUUUUAUGAAUUUCGCAGCGCCAAUGGCAUUUCUUACGGGACAACAACAGCUAGCAACAACUAGUAAUCAUGAGAUUAAUGAAGAUAAUAAUAAUAAUGAAGGAGGAGGAGGAGGAAGAAGUGACGGUGGUGGUGAUCAUCAUAAUACACAGAGACAUCAUCAUCAUCAACAACAACAACAUCAUAAUAUUCUCUCCGGUUUGAAUCAGUACGGACGACAAGUUUCCGGCGAAUCUCAAGCUAGUGGAUCACUUGGAGGUGGUGAUGAGGAGGAUCCACAAGAUUAGACACACAAAAAAAACAAUUUAACGGUG